CUUACGAAUGACAAUUGGAUGGUGGUCUGCGAGCUGCCGUGAUCGAUUGUCUUGGAUCACAGCAUCAACAUGUCCCGUUUCAUGUACCCAGCGUUCCCCGGGGAGGAUGGGAUGCCCACAGGACAGCCGACCGCUUAUCCAACAACCCAUUCGCCUUACGCUCCCGCUCCUCCACAGUUACCGAGUCAGCCCUCGCCUGUGUACGGCUACCACUCGCCUGCGAACCACCGCCAGCUUGCCCCGGCCCCGUAUGUGCCUCCGCAGAGUCCCAGUCCCAGCUUGGGCCUGCAGCUCGAGCGCGCCAUCCAGCUCGAAGAUCAAGCGCGGAAGAGCAGAAAGACGAGCAAGAACCAGACUCCCGGCCAAGGCACCUUUCGUGUGCAGUUGAAUGGCCAGGAUGCGGGAGACCCGGAUGGCAAUGGCGACGAGCUGAGGGGCGUCGGCAAUGGCAGCGACGUAGACGAGGACGAACAGCCGGUGGAAGACCCAAAUGAAGACAACACUCCUCCCGAGGGCAUGUAUUACCUGCCUCCUCCCCCCGAGCGAACGUACAAGAACUACGACGAGUGCCACCAGGCCAUGCACGAUUGGAACAAGGCCCACGGCUUCGACGUGUCGCGGCAAAAGCCCGCCAAGAACAAGAACGGCGACAUCUACAAGUACCUGUACCAGUGCACGCGGCAUGGCCGUCGCGGUAACAAGCACAAAGUGCUCGAGUCCGAGCGGAAGCGCAAGCGCGAGAGCAAGAAGACAGGCUGCCCUAUGGGCAUAUACAUUCGUGCCGUGGAUGUCAAGAAUGUCAACGGCAAAUGGCGAAUAUCACACCAGCUCGACGGGAGGAGCAAGUGGCACAAUCACGAAGGCAUCUCCGCCGAAGAGCUCACGGGCCAUAGAAGGCGGAACCGCACCGAGGAGAUGAAGGCUCUGAUCAAGCAGACGCGUGCAGCGGGCAUGGAUGCUUGGCAAUCGCUAGCCUACAUCAAAGAGAAGAUGCCGGGCGCCCUCAUCACGAAACAAGACGUGUUGAACUACCGCAAGCAAGAUCCGGGCCCGGGCAGCGACACGCAUAACUACCUCGACAAGGCUUACAUGCUUGCCGUAUCCUUUGGAUCCGACUUCGAAAUCGACGACGUGUACGGCAUGCACUUACUUCCCAAGCUCCGCACCCGAAUGCCCAUCUCGAUCUGCUCCAAGCCCGAGUCUCUCGCCGCACACUUGCAGCGCAAUCCUCCUCGCGUCGUUCUCGUCACCGAUCCCGCACUCGCCUAUCCUGAAAACCGCCUUCAUCUUGCGCGUCUGGUGACGUAUGUCCAGGACGGGGGUACGAUGAUAUUUAUGGCACACUUCAACAGCACGCCUCGGGAUUACAUGCACGCGCUCUUUCUGCACCAUCUCAACCUAGAUUGGUCUUCGAUCGACGUGACGUCAACACCCCUUGCGUACUCGUUAAAUGACAAACUCGCCGCAGGUGGCACAGGUGGCCGCUGGGUAGUCGUCGCGCGCAACUUUGCUCCAGGCACCGACGCCAAAGCCAUCGAACAGCUCGCCCAGCUCAGCCCUGGGACUCCCGCCUUGAUAUCCUGUAGAUUGUACAGCACUCAUCCCGUAGUGACGGCCGAACUAGUCUUUGGCGCCCAGGAUAGCGCAGAGGCCGUCAUCAGUGCGUUCAGUGGUAAAUCUGUCAAUCUGGGCCGUCUCGCCACUGCGCCCGGAAAGGAACUCGACUUUGCCCUGCGCGCGCCUGCGCCCAUGGCGACGUCGGAUUUGGCGCCUGAGAUCAUAGCCAAGGCGAACGCGCUGAGGAACGUGCAGUUGGAAGAUGUGGUCUACGCCGGCGUGACCAUGGUUCAGGAUUCACCUGCUCACCAAGGCGGCUACGUCAACGGGGUGUGGGUCGACCCACAGGUCGCAAGGCAGAGCAACGUAGAAGUCGCCGGUGCAGCGUAUCGGAAGGUCGGCAAAGGCUACGUCGGGUAUGUCGGACUAGGGGAGUUUGAUGACAAUUAUUUAAGAUGUGUGGCUGCUAUGUGUCAUUUCUAGGGCGAAGGCGUUCGUAAACAGUGUAAACGAAUCGGGAUCGCACUAUUGCGAAUUACAUUGCUUGGGGAGUCAUGAGGAUAAACCGCACUAACAACGUAGGUAAAUCUUUUUAACGACCGUAUGCGAUAUCUUUCAGGGUGAUGAUGAAAACCACAAAUCUGUUUUACCUCUGUAGGUUAUUAUAUCACUGUCGACGAACACGUAGCUUGAAGCCUGGGUAUCAAAGUCCUACAAAGCCUCGUCAGAAAGAGAUCGAGCACGGAGACAGUCCCUAGAAAGCAGCUAAUCCAUUCACACUACUCAAGAGGGUGUUGAUUGUUCCCGUGUAUUUAGCAGACGAGAUCGUGCUCUAAAUUAGUUCGCGGUUGUUGUUCAGCUUUCGCGUUGUUCCUCCGCCUCGAUCGAUAGAGAUGUUGUGGACGUCUUGUAUGUAAAGCCUGGGAAGGAAAAGCGUCCAGAACAACAAGAAGAAAAGAAAUCGCACGUACGGAUUACGCGUAAAAACGCGGGGGCCCGAAGGCUGCAUCUUCUUUCACUCCCGAAGUCGGGG